AAGCCCACCUUCUCCAACAGGACUAGCCUGGGAGCCCAGAGUGGCAGAGGCCGUAGCCAAUCAAAGAGCAGAUGCGCGGAAAGUUUGCUCAAUGGGCGAUGUCCGGGGGAGGCUGUCACUCAGGUGGCGGUGGCUGAGGCCGGGCUGAGACGUGGCCUGAGGAACGCGGCUGGACGUCCUGACCGUCGGGGCGGCGGCUGGGGUCCCUAGCGCGUCCUCGCCCUGGUCCGGGGCUCCGAGCGGCGGGAGAGGCGGGCGCCGGCGGCUGCACCUCCAUGCCCGCGCGCGUGGCGGGCCGCUGAUGGAGCGCGCCGCCCGCCCGGGGUCGCUGGCACGGGCGCUGCUGCUGCUGCUGCUGCUGCCGCCGCUGCAGCUGGGGCUCGUGACGGGGACGGUGGCCGCGCGGCGCGCUUCCGACCUGCCCGCAUCGACAGUGGAGGCGGCGUUCGGCCUGGGGGCCGCGGCCGCUCCAACCUCGGCCGUGCGGGUGCCGGCGGCGGGCGCCGUGACUGCGGCGGAGGUGACGGUGGAGGACGCCGAGGCGCUCCCGGCGGCCGCGGGCGAGCAGGAGCCGCGGGAGCCGGAACCGGACGACGAGGCCGAUCUUCGGCCGUGCCGCAGAUCCUUAGUGAUUAUCAGCACUUUAGAUGGCCGAAUUGCUGCCUUGGAUCCUGAGAACCAUGGUAAAAAGCAGUGGGAUUUGGACGUGGGAUCCGGUUCCUUGGUGUCAUCCAGCCUUAGCAAACCGGAGACUAAUAAGAUGUUAAAGGCUCAUCUUGAACCUGCCCUGCCCCAGCCCUGGAGUCAGCCGUUUCUCUCAGGAGCCUUUGUUCUUUCGGUAUUUGGGAAUAAGAUGAUCAUUCCUUCCCUGGAUGGAGACCUCUUCCAGUGGGACCGGGACCGUGAGAGCAUGGAAACAGUUCCGUUUACAGUUGAAUCACUUCUUGAAUCUUCUUAUAAAUUUGGAGAUGAUGUUGUCUUGGUUGGAGGAAAGUCUCUCACUACAUAUGGACUCAGUGCGUAUAGUGGAAAGGUGAGGUACAUCUGUUCAGCUUUGGGUUGUCGCCAGUGGGAUAAUGAUGAAAUGGAACAAGAAGAAGAUAUCCUGCUUCUGCAGCGCACCCAGAAAACCGUUAGAGCCGUCGGCCCUCGUAGUGGCAGUGAGAAGUGGAAUUUCAGUGUUGGCCACUUUGAACUUCGGUAUAUUCCAGACAUGGAAACUAGAGCCGGAUUUAUUGAAAGCACCUUAAAGCCCAGUGGAAACAAAGAACAGUCUAAAAUUAUUUCAGACGUGGAAGAACAGGAAGCUGCCGUGAUGGACACAGUGAUAAAGGUCUCCGUUGCUGAUUGGAAAGUUAUGGCCUUUAGUAAGAAAGGAGGACAUCUGGAGUGGGAAUACCAGUUUUGUACUCCCAUUGCAUCUGCCUGGUUGGUUAAAGAUGGCAAAGUCAUUCCCAUCAGUCUUUUUGAUGAUACAAGUUACGCCACUAAUGAUGGAGUUUUAGAAGAUGAAGAAGACAUCGUAGAAGCUGCCCGAGGAGCCACAGAAAACAGUGUUUACUUGGGAAUGUACAGAGGCCAGCUGUAUCUGCAGUCAUCAGUCAGAAUUUCAGAAAAGUUUCCUACGAGUCCCAAGGCCUUGGAAUCUGUCAACAGUGAAAAUGCAAUUAUUCCUUUGCCAACAAUCAAAUGGAAACCCUUAAUUCAUUCUCCUUCCAGAACUCCUGUCUUGGUGGGGUCUGAUGAAUUUGACAAAUGUCUCAGUAAUGAUAAGUUUUCUCAUGAAGAGUACAGUAAUGGUGCACUUUCAAUCUUGCAGUAUCCAUAUGAUAAUGGUUAUUACCUGCCAUACUACAAGAGGGAAAGAAACAAACGGAGCACACAGAUCACAGUCAGAUUUCUUGACAACCCGAGUUACAACAAGAAUAUCCGCAAAAAGGAUCCCGUUCUCCUCUUACACUGGUGGAAAGAAAUAGUUGGAACCAUUCUGUUUUGUAUCGUAGCAACAACUUUCAUUGUGCGCAGACUCUUCCAUCCUCAUCCUCACAGACAAAGGAAAGAAUCUGAAACUCAGUGUCAAACUGAAAAUAAAUAUGAUUCUGUCAGUGGAGAAGCUAAUGACAGUAGCUGGAAUGACAUAAAAAAUUCUGGAUAUGUAUCACGAUAUCUAACAGAUUUUGAACCGAUUCAGUGCAUGGGUCGUGGAGGGUUUGGAGUUGUCUUUGAAGCUAGAAACAAAGUUGAUGACUGCAAUUAUGCUAUCAAGAGAAUCCGUCUCCCCAACAGGGAAUUGGCUCGGGAAAAGGUAAUGCGAGAAGUUAAAGCCUUAGCCAAGCUUGAACACCCAGGAAUUGUUAGAUAUUUCAAUGCUUGGUUGGAAGCACCACCAGAGAAGUGGCAAGAAAAAAUGGAUGAAAUUUGGCUGAAAGAUGAAAGCACAGACUGGCCGCUCAGCUCUCCUAGUCCCGCGGAUGCGCCAUCCGUUAAAAUAUGCAGAAUGGAUCCUUUCUCUACAAAGGAACGCAUUGAAAUCAUAGCCCCUUCUCCACGAAGCAGUAGGUCUUUUUCGGUCGGGAUUUCCUGUGGCCAGACAGGUUCAUCCAAGAGCCAGUUCUCUCCGCUGGAAUUUUCCGGGAUGGACCACAGAGACACGAGUGAGUCGGUGGACGCGGUGUGCAACCUCCAGGACAGCUGCCUUACAGACUGCGAGGGGGAAGACGGUACUAGGGAUGGCAAUGACGAGGGACACUCCUUUGAACUUUGUCCUUCUGAAGCUUCCCCUUAUGUAAGGUCAAGGGAGCGAACCUCCUCUUCUAUAGUAUUUGAAGAUUCCGGCUGUGAUAACGCAUCCAGCAAAGAAGAGCCCAAAACGAACCGACCGCCUAUUGGCAACCAUUGUGCUGAUAAGCUAACCGCAGUCCAGCAUUCCAGUAGCAAGUCUUCCUCGGAACCUACUUUGUCUAUUUCUCCUUCAAGACCAACCACUUUAAGUUUAGCUCUCGCUAAAAACUCUGUGGAAAAACUCCAACCCAGUUCACCGAAGGUGUAUCUUUACAUCCAGAUGCAGCUGUGCCGAAAGGAAAACCUCAAGGACUGGCUGAACAGCCGCUGCACCAUUGAGGAAAGAGAAAGGAACGUGUGUCUGCACAUCUUCCUGCAGAUCGCGGAGGCGGUGGAGUUUCUGCACGGCAAAGGGCUCAUGCACAGGGACCUCAAGCCUUCCAACAUAUUCUUUACAAUGGAUGAUGUGGUCAAGGUUGGAGACUUUGGAUUGGUGACUGCAAUGGACCAGGAUGAAGAAGACCAGCUGGUUCUGACCCCAAUGCCAGGGUACGCCAGACACACAGGACAAGUGGGGACCAAGCUGUAUAUGAGCCCAGAACAGAUUCAUGGCAACAACUACUCUCAUAAAGUGGACAUCUUUUCUUUAGGCCUCAUUCUGUUUGAAUUGCUGUACCCAUUCGGCACUCAUAUGGAGAGGGUCAGGAUCUUAACUGAUGUAAGAGAUCUCAAAUUUCCACCACUGUUUACUCAGAAAUAUCCUCGGGAGUAUGUAAUGGUGCAAGACAUGCUCUCCCCAUCCCCUACGGAACGGCCUGAAGCUGCAAACAUUAUUGAAAAUGCUAUAUUCGAAGACUUGGAGUUUCCAGGAAAAACAGUUCUCAGACAGAGGUCUCGCUCCAUGAGCUCAUCAGGAACAAAGCAGUCAAGACACUCCAGCAGCUCCCAUAGCCCUUUGCCAAGCAAUUAGCCUUAAGCUCUGCUCGCCUCCCUAACAGGUGACACGGAAUAGCCCACUUCGAAGGAAUGUUGCUUUCCAAAAUCGUGAACUUGAAAAUUUCGUUCUUUGCUCGAUUUCAUUUUGGACUACUUUUUCUAAAUCAAAUUUAAACUGGAUUUUGGAGCUCAAACCUUUGAGCCACCUCUUGAUUUUUGCUCUGCUCAAGGAGAGGGCUGUCACUAACUCACCCGUGGUCCUCUUCCUUCGUUGAUCUCUUGAAAUUGGCCGGCCAAGCAUCCUAACCCUCAUGUUUUGUCUAAGGAGGUGGAAGCAACCCCUAAAAUGUAUAGAGAGAAUUAGAAAAUGGAAAUAUUUUUAUAGUACAGAAAAACGAAAGUCCCUACAUGUAGUAACUAUACUGUUCUAGAAAUACACUUUCUAGAGAUAUAGUGGUGAUUUUGAAACUGAUUUCCAAAAAAGCUGACUCCAUUUUUGUCCCUGGUGGGUAAAUGAGGAAUCUGCAUUAUUUUGGAGGAAAAAUAGCACAAAUUGUAUAGUGGUUUAUGUCCAUAGCUAGUUUUCUAGUGACAUUCGUAGCAUUAAAUAGCUUUAUUCCUUAGAUGGUUCUAGGGGGAGUUUAAGAGCUUUUUGUACUUUUACCUCCAGUAAAGGGAAAACGAAGCUUUUUGUGUAAAUUGGUCAAAAGUUCUGGUUUGGGGAGGAAAAAAGCCGUAGUAAGAAAUGAAUCAUAUAUUACAACUAACUUCUUCAAUUAUGGACUUUUAAAAUCUAACGAAAUCUUAAGUGUCUUAAAUAUAAUACUGUAGGUUGGUAUUUUCCCAAAACUGAUUGUAGAUAACAGUUUAAUCAUCUAACUUGCUAACAUGUUUUUAUUUUUCACUGUAAAUAUGUUUAUUUUUUAUUUAUAAAAAUUCUGAACUCAAUCCAUUUGGGUUGGUGGUGUAUAGAACGCACUUAAGUGCGUUAACUAUUGUGACUUCUUUCAAGUCUAAAUGAUUUAAUAAAACUUUAAAAAAUGA